GCGUAAUAAUGAUUUUCAGGCUAACAGGCGCUAGGCAGGCCGGCUAUGGGCAACCAAGAAAAGAUCUAGCUAGAUCUAUAUAUAUAUAGCAGGCUAGCAUUGUAAAAGGAAUGCUUUUUAGAUCAAGAUGAGUAAAUCUCCUAAUUAUAUGGUCAAGGACAUUGAUCUGAGAAAUGUAGAUGACACCACUCUUGGUGAGGAGCAUAUAGGUACUGUAGUCGAAUGCCUUCGCGAAGUUACCCAUCAUUACAAAAAAAUUGGGCUUGCGCUACGAUUACCGUACAAUCGAGUGGAACUCAUACACAGUAAACACAAGACCGAGUUCAUUGAUGGCACUACCGCUAUUGUGACUGAGUACAUAAGACAAACCGGAGCCUCUAAGUAUGGUCCCCCCACAAUGUGGAAAAUUGUCGCUGCUGUAAGUAACUCCAUGGGAGGAAACAAUCAUCUACAAGCGAAGAAAAUUGGAAAAGCAUUUCCACCUGGAGCCGUACAAGCAAUAACUAAUCCCAAACAAGAGACAUUUAGUGAUUUUGAAGAAGUCUCUCCAUUGCAAAGUUUCCACAAAACUGAGCAUGUCGAAUCCACACAAGUGCCUCUUCCAUAUGUACAGGCUCAACCCUCAGCCUCGCUACCCAUACUCAGUCAACACCAAUACCAACUAACCGGGCAACCUCCGAAAAGGCACUACUCUGACCCAUCAGGCAAACAAAGUGCUGAGUUUUACAUUGGUGGUAAUGCGAUGCCUUCAAUCCACGAACAAACAGGAAAUGCUCAGGGGGACUUUACCACUUUUCAAGGUGAUAUUUCCUCCCAGCAAAGGAGACAACCAUCUCUGGCUACUCCUACCUACCAGCAACAACCCCGAAAAACACAAUCUGAACCCGGGACCAAUUCUCAGACUCAAGGCAUGCAGCCUAAUUUUUCACAAGCUCAAAACCGACCAUUUGGCCAGCAGACUCUACAAGGGGAAAAAGAGUUUAGUACUUUCGAAGAUGAUCUCUCAUUGCAAGAUCGUCAUAGUCGUCAUAACACUGUGCCUGCCGAACCCACACAAUUGCCUCCUCCACAUGUACAGGCUCGACCCUCGGCCUCGUUCCCUCUAUUCAGUCAACCUCAACACCAACAGACGGGGCAACCUUCAAAAAGACAUCCAUCAGGCAAACAAAGUGCUGAGUUCUACAUUGGUGGUGAUACGAUACCCGAACAACAAACAGGAAAUCCUAAUCAGGGUGACUUUACCACUUCCUACAACCCAGGUGUUAUUUCCUCCCACUCCCAGCAAAGAGGGCAACAACCAUCUGGAGCUACUCCUAACUACCAGCCAAAUAGGCAACCCCGAAAAACACAAUCACAGAUGGUUGUACCCGGGGGAUAUCAUACUCGAGGUAUGCAACCUACUUCUGCACAAGCUCAAAACCAACAAUUUGGCCAACAUACGCAGCCACAAGAAAAAAAAGAGUUUAUUGAACAUCAUGAUGUAAGUUUGAAUGAAGCUGAGAUACGAAAUAGAAUGCUGGGAGUAAACAAGCCUCUAGCAGCAAAUCCUGAAGAUAUCCCUGACUCUCCAACCUGUACACGAGGGAAAAAUGUUUCUGCAUAUCGUGGCCGUGGCCGAGCUCGAGGGCGUAGUAAAUCUCACAAUUCACAGCUGCGACGUCCCGGUUCAAACCAAAACACACCACUUUCACAUCCACCAUUAGGACAAGGCUCCAGAACCACCUCUAACGAACAAUCCCAAGCUUCGACAGCAGUUGGUUACAGCUACGAAGGUUUCGGUCGAAAUUAUACGACAUGUGCAACUACCGUAAGUGUACCCUCUGUACCUGUAUCUACCACACCUGUUGGAAAUGUAACGGUAAAAUUUGACCAACGUAGAGUGAAUCAAACUCCCCCUAAAGAUAUCAUUCCACAACAGCUGGCUGGAUAUGCAGCACCCCCUCCACCUCAGGAACAAUCACGAACACCGAGUGGAUCCCUCACCUCUUUUAUGCCUGGAGAUUCCAUCACGGAGUCCAGCCUCAACAGUUCGACCUGCUCUGAGCCCUGUGUUGAUGAUGAACUCCCCCCAAAUAAGUAUUCUAAAGAGUUGUUCAAAUCAAGUUAUUCCAAAGAAGACUACACACCUUCAAAGUACAGCCAACAUGGCAUGUUAGCCCCAAAGUCCCCAUGCCUAACUCCACCAGAGGCCACUCUAGGCGAUUCUCAUCCUAUUAAUCCGCAACCUCCCCUGAACACGUCACCCCAUCUUCAACCCAGUUAUUCCGGUGUGAAUGUGCCCUUUCCUCGAAGCCAGGAGUAUUCAGCUGGAGCACCCCCUGCUAUUCUACAACAAGCAGCGAAUUUGCCCACAGCACAAGCCUCUGUAACCAGUGACCCAACACAAAGUCAAUUCUCUACAACACAAAGCUACCAGACUAGACAAGGUUUCUUUGAAGGCCAGCAAGACAUGUCUUUAGCUACCAUGGACUCAAUAGAAACCCUUUCCAGCAGUAACACUGAAACUAUGAGAACGUUACAAAGCGAGGGAGAACUAGCUGAUCGAGAUACAACUCACGAACUAGGUAACUCAGUUGUGGCUAGUGCGCAAUCAAGAUCUGGCGUGGUAAGCUAUGUCAAAGGUGUUGAUCGAGGAGCAGUAGCUAAGAUUGAGAAUUCAAGUCUUGUCUCCGGAAUACCUGGUUCUGUCAAGCAAACUAAGAGAGAAAACACUGUACAUGUAUACCCCAACAAGCAGCCGAUGGAAGCCACCAACUUGCGAGCUGUUGUACCUGGACUAUCUGCAAUCAGCAACCCCUACCAAGGACAUACCCCUACCCCUGGACACUAUGAUCAGCAUCCACAGCUACAUGUGAGAAAAGGUCCUCAUAGUAUAGCCUCCUCCAAAUCCUCACAAAGUGUCGAUCGUCCCUAUGGAGCAAAGGAAGGAGCACCUCCUGCAACUAUGGAACUUGUCGGUAUGGACGAUUUGAAACGUGGCGACUAUAGUGACCCAAACUUCAAUCCUGAUGUUGAGAGAGAAGACGAACCUCACCAGCAAGAAUACGGGGGAAAUCUUGUAGUCCAUAAAGAACCGAUUUCAAUGGCGUCGACCAUUUCUUUGGAGAGGUUUAGUGGUUUACACGGACCGACCUCUAUGACACCGACCUCUAUGACACCAAGCUAUGUUGGAGGCAAAACAGAACAUGGCCAGUGCAGCUCAAUACCGUCAAGUCUAGAUGCCUCUGCGUCUCCACAACAGCAAGCCAAUACCGGGAGUCAGCAGCAAGACGAAGUGAGACCAAGCAAUUUGUCAAUGGCUGGACCCAGCGAAGUGGCUGGAUCCUCUCACGUUCAGCAGGAGACUCCACUUGAAAGUGAGUCGAUUCUGGACUACCAAACACUCCUGUCUGACAGCCAUGAUGGAUUUAGACCUUGUGAAGAUGGUGGAAACGUUCCAUUCAAAUCGUAUGAGGCGUUACAAAUUCGUGGAGAAGAGAGAUAUAGAAAAGUUAAGCUCAAAUUUGCUUUGUUAUGCCCUCAAAGAGGUCAGGAGAGGAUCAUAUCUGACGAGGAUGACUAUCCGAUGACAAGCCACCCCCACGGUUUAGCGCUCAUCAUCAACAAUGAAAAGUUCAAAGGUCAUGAUCGGAGAGAGGGUACUAAUGUCGAUGAAACUAACCUUACAAUGACCCUUCGUUACCUUGGCUACAACAUUGAAAUUUAUCGCGAUGUAGCCACAAAGGACAUGAUACGGCUGUUUGAAGAAGUCAAGCUCCGAGAUCACUCAGCUUAUGACAGUUUUAUAUGUUGCAUUUUGACCCACGGUGAAUCUGGAAGGGUUUUUGGUGCUGACAGUUCCUCAGUUCUCAUUGAAACUCUGACCGGGAAACUCUGUGCUGCUAGCUGCCCAAGUCUCAAAGGAAAGCCAAAGAUAUUUUUCAUACAGGCUUGUAGAGGCAAGCUUAAGUGUUGUAGUGUCUCAACCGAUCAUGGUCACCAUGGAAACAGCGACUCCGAGGAGGGCAGUGAUCAUGAUGAAGUUGACCACAGAGCACACCCAUUGCAAGACUCUCCAAGUUCUAACCUCAGGAGAGCUAUCGUGCGAUCUUUAUCGAUGGAGGCGAAAGAAACAGCUGAGAGAGUUAAAGCAGAUGGUGAUUUGCCUGAUGUAGCCGACUUUUUCUUUGGCUUUGCGACUCCGUCUGGGCAAGUAGCCUGGAGGGAUUUGGACCAUGGAUCGUGGUAUAUAUCGGAGCUUUGUCGACAAUUGUGUACAUACAGUGUAUCUAAGUCACUCAGUGAUGUCAUGACGAAAGUGCACGAUAGUGUGGGCACUGCAUAUCAGUACCGUAGCUACAAGCAAGCACCCGAAACAACCAGUAGACUACGAAGAAAGGUUUUCUUUUGAACUUAUGUAAUUUUAUAGAGUGUAGUUUGUGAACUUAUAAGAUUUGUGUGUUUCUGUAGAUCGUUUUUGUAGAGUAGACUCUAGUACACAAUUAUAAUAGUCACUUUAUAUGUUUUGUAUGAUGCACUUUGUUUUUUGGCUGAUACAAUUUGUUACAUUUAGCUAUAGUACGUUGAUCUAUUUUGUAA